AUGUCUUUUGAACUCACUAACGGAAUCUACCUUCGCUCCAGCAUCAAUGCCGACUUCGCGAAGGACCCUCAGGUCCUGGCCGCUUUUAGCCCCGACAUAAUCCCGUUGGGUCAGACGCAGCCUGACCACGAGGACUUGAUCAUCUCCUAUGACCAUUUCAUUGCGCACGAUGUCGAUCCCGACGAAGCCAAGACCCGCAUAUAUCUGAGGGGCAAGGCUGUCAUCAACAAAGCUGUCGGUGGCGUCGAGACACAGGUGUCUCUCAAGGCGAUUCCAAACGAGCUCAUCCUCUGGCCUCAAGCUUGGACUAGCGCCGCUGACCUUGGCCAGGUCGUGCUCAAGGCAUCAAAGGACGGCGAAGGCACGUCCUUCCAAAAACCACCCCAUGUCGUCAAAACUGACAUUCUCUCGACAGAGACCCCAAUCUCAUACAAUCCGACGCAAGGCCUCGGCCGCCACGAUACCUUCAUUGCGAAGGCCACCAGCAAGAACGCCUCACUCGAAGACCUCGUACCCAAGGUGCAGAACUGGCGCGACUUGGUCAAGUAUAUCGGUCAGGAUCCGACGCUGGCUACAUACAAUGUCGUCUUCGCAGACCCGUGCUCCACCAACGUCAGCUUGACCACUCGUCUCCGUCUCUUCGACAACAAGACCGACAGUGUCGACAUGGUCUUUGGCAUCGAGGCCGUAGGGAUCCCGGCCAAGAACAUCGAUGCAUCCUUAUCCUGCUUUGGUGCCACGCCCGACUACAUUCCGUUCUCGUUUGGGCAUCAGCGCGUCCACAUCGCGCCCUCGACGUUGCUAAGCACUAAGGCUACUGUGCCUGUCAACUUCGAUGGGACGAUUACGCUCAAUGUGUUCAAUGACACGCAGCAGACGUUCGGUGACUACUCGUCGAUCUCUUUGAUUGCGUAUGCGGUCACGGUCGUCGACGGACAGGAGACGUUUACGACGCUAGGGGCUGAGCACGUCGUGUUCCAUUCGAACAUACGUGUGAAGAAGUUGCUGCGCAAGUAUGAGGUGGCCAAUGACGGUCCAUUCUAUCCCUUCUACUUUAGGGACAAUUUGUCGGAUGGCCCACACUUCCCAAGGGGUGGCGACGCAUAUUCAUCUCCUGAUAUUCAGCCACUGGGAGUUGUCCCGGAUCCGGACGUGACAUCCAACCUUGGCCCGGAGAACUAUAUGGUUGAUGUCUCUAAUAAGCGAAACGAGGUUUUGCAUGGAGACAAUUCGAACUACAUCUAUGUUCGCGCCACCACCGCUGCGCCUACCUCUGGCCAAGUACGGCUGUAUGUCAUUCCCAAUGCCACGCUCCUGCAUCCCUCACAGUACGACCAAACGGGAAACAUUGUCUGGGACUACAACGAGAACAGCGAACCGCGCGUCGCAGUACGCUCGUAUUCUACGGACGCUACCGAUGCGCCCAACCCCAUCCUUCUUCCUGAGCCGUUUAACUGCGCGGAUCGCCCGCCACCGCCGGCCGGGAGUGAUCAUUAUUGUCUUGUAGCAGAAUGCAAGCCGGAUGGCAUCGGCCCAGACGGCUUCGAGUACACAUGGCCACACCUGCAGGCGGGCGAGUUUAGGACUGCCGCAGAGUUUACCGCAUGGGUCCAGAACGAGCCCUAUGUUGCGUGGCGCAAUGUCACAUAUGUGUCGAAUCCAAAUGCUGCUUCCCAAAUUCUCAGGACCAGCUUCACUAUUCCAGAAACCUUUACUCCUGCGGAUCUGUGGACCUUCCAGGUCCGGGCCAUCGAGUGCCCUCUUGGAUCUGCGGUUUCUAUGGACUCGAGUGAUCCACUAGUGCAGCUCAGCCCGCUCACUAUCACCAUCCCUGAUGAGGCGGCUGGGCCUGUCUUCUCUGGUAAGAACCCGGGCUUCAACUGUCAGGUUGCCAUCCGCUGGUUCGCGAACGGAAAGGAACCUCAGACUGGCCAACGCGUCGAGGGUAAUCUCGUAUAUCGGUCCUACAAGACCACCGCCCUGGCGUAUCACCUCUACAAGCGCAAGAGUAUUGGCAAGCCUGCCCAACCGUUCGAGUUGACUGUAGAAAAUCACUACCCGAAUCUGGAGAUCCCCGGCCGUGAGCCCAAGAACAAGAAUGAUCCUCCGCAGAUCGGCGGAGCGCACGUUCGCCGUGUGCUGGGUGACAAGUAUGUUAUUCCCGAGGGCGUUUUCAUUGACCAUGUUGUCGGCGCGGAUACCCUAGGUUAUAAGCUGGAUUGAUCCCGUGGUAAUCUGACCAAUGUCUUAGCCACUGUAACGAUAUACAGCUGUUUGUGUACUAUUAGGAGUAAACACGGAAAGUCUUUGAAUUGUGUAGUAGUUCCGAUUGAGCCGAAUAGCAAAGAUCAAGUGAGAUAUUGUGUAACAUUACCUUCGUUGCAAUACAAGCCAUAUUGGUUGUC